AGACGAAGAAUAUCCGGCACGAGCCAUCACCCUCCUUUCCAGUCCUCAGGUACACAUUCAGCAAGUCAAUCCCUUGUUGUAAAUAUUCACUUAACGAACUGACCAUUUGUAGUUAUUUCAGUAGAAGCCAACAUGGCGGAGGUCAUUCAAAAGAAGUUGAAUACUGAGUUAGAAAAAUAUACUCAGAUGCAAAAAGAUGUUAGCAAGAGCAUGUCAGCACGACAGAAGCUGGAGACGCAGCUAGCAGAGAACAAUAUCGUAAAAGAGGAGCUGGAUAUAUUAGAUAGUGCAAAUACGGUGUACAAAUUGAUUGGGCCUGUUUUGGUAAAACAAGACUUGGACGAGGCAAAAGCGACUGUGACAAAAAGAUUGGAAUACAUCAAUGGAGAAAUUCAGCGGUAUGACACACUCCUGAAAGACUUGGAGAAGAAGUCUGACCAGCACCGACAGCUUUUGUCCAGUUUACAGCAGGAGUUUCAGAAAGCGCAAGGCCUCACUGUCGGGAAAGUCUGACCAAGUGAAGAAUUUCGAUUCAUCAAUACGCACGCGCAUACUUCAGAGACAUAAUCACAUCCUUACAGCUCAGAAGAUGGGAUUGAAAAUUCACCCGCAUCUGUCGUUUAAAUGCAACGCAAGCAUUGCGACUCCUCUGUUUGUAACUAAUAAUAAAUCUUUUCUUAUUCAUGAAA